UCGGGCACUAAGCUCAGUGGGCCAGCCUGCUACUUCCAUCGCACGCGCUCUCACUCGACACACUCAUCGCGCCUUCAUAAGCCAUCGCAAUUCGCACGUCCGUCGUAUUCUCGACUUGUUUCAAUAAUAUUCAUUAUCGUGUUUUAGAAUUUUUAGAUUAACAUUUAUACGUGAACAAUAAAGUAAAACAUAAUAUUGUGUUCUUUAACUUAUUCCGAUUGUCAUUUGUUGGUUGUUUUUUGAAUUUAAACCUAAAAUGUAUAAUAUUGUCAUUGUUCCUUUCAGUGUUUUUAGAAGUUUAAUGGUUUUUACUUUCCACCUCGCAACAAACUACGUCUCGUAUCUACAAUCUACUCGUACAUUCUACCAUGUUCAUUAAUUGUCGACAUGUCGUCAAGUGACGAAGAUUCAUUUAAAAAAGCCAGUAACAAGAAAUAUACUAUCUCAAAAAAUUAAAAAAUGUCUUGGUACUUUUAAUAAUUCAAUUUCACCUUUACCAGUACCUCCAGUGAUUCAGAAUACAAAAACUUGGAACUCAAUAUUCCACAGAUCUCAUUAUCACCAAAUUUAUUUGAAGAUGGUGAUAUUGAUAUUAAUCCGUUACCCAUUGAAAUUAAACCAGAAGCACCUACACUUUAGUAAAUAAUGAAUACAUGUAUCAACGUGAAUGUAAUAUGCCGGAAAAAAGCAUUUGACGGUGUAUACAAUACAAACAAAAAAGUAGAGGAAGACAAAAAGUCCAUCUAAUGGUGAAAAAAUAAAAUGCACGGACCAUGAUUAAGUUUCGAAUAUUUCCAAAAUUGAAGCCGAAAUACAGAUAAAUGAAAUGAAAGAAAAAGCAAGAAGUACGUCAUGUGAAUCGACACCCUCAGUUCUUGAAACAAUAGUUCAGGUUGUUAUUUAAUUUUGGCUACACUGCAGUGUGGCGUGGUGUGAUAUUGUUUAUCAACAUUAACGACACAUCACAUCUACAUGACACGUCACUCGUGGCUGUUCACUAUUCCCUAUUUCCUAACUCUUGCAUUUUAUCACCGAAGUUGCUAAUUCCAAUUUUGUAUAUGUAUCUUUUCAACUCCACGGUUUUUGCGUAUUUAGAUUGACUCAAAUAUAGCUCCAUUCUCUAGUUUGAAUAUCCAGUACGAGACUCCCAACAAAUGGAGAAUACCCCAAUUGACUCAGAUAUGGCUACAUUUGUUGACUUAAAUAUCCAGAACAAAACACUUUUUCCAUUAAUGGAGAAUACCCCAAAAUAUGAAGAUAUAAAAAAAAUAAUAAAGCAGAUCAGAAAUCAUAUUGAAAUCAAAGAUAUGAGUCGCUUGCUGACCAGUUUUAAGGAACUAACCGCGUUAAGUGAUGAAAAUGAAUUCCUCAUUUCAGAGUUACUUUAUGAAGAAAUUGAUUUACCACCAUAUUUUUUUGUCCAAUUCUUAGUUGAAAUUGAAGAUUUUAUUAAUGAUGUUUGGAAUGAUAGAGUAGGACGAAAAAAUUUAUCAAAAAAAAAAUUUAAAAGUUUGGCUUUCCUUAGACAAGAAUUUAGAAAAUAUGUAAAACAUUAUCCGAGUGUAUUGAUUGAAUUCCGAGAAAAAACUGAUCUAUCUUACAAAAAAGAAGACCAAAAUGAAUAUGAAGAUGUAGAUUCUGAUGAUAGAGAAAGUGAAGAUGAAACAUUGACUGCUUCUUUCAAAAAAACUGAAGAAAAAAUACCCAAGGUACAAAAAAAUGGUGAGGUUUCUUACAGUCUUAUUUUGUUUGAUGAUGGUAAUAACUCUGAUAGCAGUGAAGAUAAAGGUUAUUAUGAAUAUCAAAGUAUAGGAGAAUGGUUUAUUAAAAAAUCAACUGAUAAUGACGAUGAUGAAAGUGAUGAAGAAGAUGAAAGUUAUUCUAUAUGGCAAAAAGAAAAAUCUAAAACAUUUGCAAAAUAUAAGAAAGUUACUUCAAAGGCUGUUUUACUUAAAUUAACUGAAGUAAUUGCUGCCUACGGAAAGGAAUGUACAGAUCGAAUUGAACAAAUUGGAAUGUUGUAUGAAUUGUUAUUGAUUUCAGAAACUCGUUGGUUUGCAGAGGGAUUAAUAGUAAAAAUAAAAAUGUCAAUUAUUUCUUCUAUUUUUGAUUACUAUUUUGAAGUUUCUGAUACUAUGAAGCCAAAAAUUUGGAGCAAAUUGUUGAAUUGUGUCGUUGAACUUCUGAACUCGAUUCUCCCUCAUAGAGGUUCAGUAUUCAUUGGGGAAUCAGUAGCAGAAGAUGAUGAUUCAUUAUUCGAGCCUAAUUAUAGAGUACGGGGAUGUGUGCUUACAAUUGUUGAACGGUUAGAUGACGAAUUCAAAAGAAGUUUGAAAGAAUGUAAUCCUCGCAGUAUGGAUUAUGCGCACAGAUUAAAGAAUGAAAUACGUAUUUGUCAAAUCAUUGAUAAAGCUCAACUGUUCUUGGAAGAACAAAACAUUAAGUCAGAAGUCUGCCGUAUUUAUAUGCGUAAUAUUGACCAUCUCUACUACAAAUUUAAUGUCUUUACAUUAAGGACCCUCAAGUAUGAUCUAGUCGGAUCUAGUUUUCCAUGUGAACCAAAUCUUAUAAAAAUGGAAAAAUUAUGCCAUUAUAUUUAUGCCAACGAUAAUACAAAUUGUUUGAAACCAAGAACAUUUUUGUGUCAAGCUUAUUAUUAUGCCUUCCACCAUAGCUUUUUUAAUGCAGAACAAAUAUUAUCCAGAGCCGGUUUGCUUAACAAACCCAUUCAAGACUUAGAUCCUGAAAUUCAAAUUCUUUACAAUCGUACUAUGGCAUGUAUGGGAUUGUCUGCAUUUCAAGCAGGAAAUAUUCAACAUGCACACAAGUAUUUAGUUGAUUUAAUGAUGACUGGUAAAGUGAAAGAGUUAUUAGGUCAGGGAUUGUCACCACAAAGACUACAUGAACUUAAUGAAGAACAAAAAAAAGUUGAAAAACAAAGACAAAUGCCUUUUCAUAUGCAUAUUGAUUUACAAGUCUUGGAAGGCGUGUACCUGGUAUCAGCUAUGUUUAAAGAAACUGCUCGCGAAUAUAUUAAUCAGCAACAGCAUUCUAGUGAAUACCAGUAUUUAACUGUUCCUCCAGUAUCGAUAAAAGACAAUAUUUUGGCAGCUGGUGAAGCAUUGAGGAAUGGAAAUUUAUCUGCAUGCCGCAAUUUUUUAAUCAACGUAAAAAUGAAUUCCAAGGUAUGGUACUAUUUCCUUGAAAAAGAUAAAAUAAAAGAUAUAUUAGAAUUUCAGUUAAAAAAAAUAUCUUUUAGUAAAUAUAUACAGAAUCAUUCUGAUACUAUUCACUCUGUUUCAACAAAUGUAUUAUCAGCGAUGUUUAAACUCCCAGAAGAUAUCAUUCAAAACAUAAUUUUCUCAAAUGAUGAUUUAUUUUAGAGUUACUAUAUGCAAUAGUCAUAUCACUGACUCAUUACCAUAACUUUCUCUGCAAACAGCCGAAAAAGUUAAUAACCUUAUGGACUCCAAUAAAAGGAUUCAAUCAAAUAGUUAUUAUUUUCUAUUUUAUAAACA